ACACCCGCUACCUUUCCACGGCCGCAGGACGCUCCUAGUCCUCCGAAGCAUCUCUGCAACAAGGUCGUCACCAUAGGAGGCACCAUGGGUUGGGUCGAUCUCUGGGACAGCAUGAUCCUCUGCGACGUGCAUGUCCCUGCUCCUUCCGGGGAGGAGGAACCCCCCGGCCCCAGGCUGCUCCGCUACGUACCGCUGCCGGAGCCAAUGCAGCCGGACAACGGCCUCCCUCUCUAUGGCAUGUCUUCCACUUCGUCCUUCUUCCGGGACAUCGCUGUUGUCAAUGGCCGGAUCAAGUUCGUCGACCUUCAGCUCCAUGCCUGCCCGGGCUCGCGCACCCCGAAUGGUUGGACGGCCGUCACAUGGAGCAUGGCGCCUGCUGAUUCGGGUUUCACCAAGGACGGGGAGCUGAAUUCCCGUGAUAUGGUCAACCCCAUGGAGCCUUCCCUGUUUGUUGGUCACCCCACGCUCAGCUCCUGUAAUGACAAUGUUCUCUACCUGAUGACCAAGACCAGCCUAUAUGACAGUAUGUCACAGGUGAUUACUGUUAACAUGAAGGAGAAGACGGUGGGGCGAACCGCAAAAUACACCACACAACGAGACGCCAGCAUGGCCUUCGCGUACACGCGCACUACCAUCUCUAACUUUCGCGCCCGAGGGCAACAAAAAGCGACCAGGGUCGGUGUUGCACGAAUCCUUUCGGAAGAAGCUGCCUGCGAUCAAUCCCAGCGAAGAUCUGCCUACGAUGGGUGAUGAAGGGGAUCCUAUCCAGUUGGAAUAGAUGUUGGGUAAUAUGGUCACCAUUGUCAGGGGAUGUGGAAGGCAAGAAAUUGUAUCACAUUUCUGUUCAUGAGUAUGACCUCAGCAGGCUAUUUGCAAUUCUGUUCAUGAGUAGUAUGUUGGAUAUUAAGACACAAUUAACCCUUUUGAACUC